UUUUUCUUUUGGGAAUCUUUCAGUAUAAAAGUAAACAGUAACAGAAGCAAGUUACUGCGCGCAGCAGAGAGAUGACAGUGGGAUGGCUGAAACAGAAAUGGAGGACACUGUAUUCAUCAUGUACAAUUCUGAGAGGACGUCGAGGGUUUCGAUCAGAUGCAGCUCUUGAAGCAAUCGCCAAAGCUGGUGAAGACAGAGUACAAAACUUGGCGCUAUACAAUUACCCAUCUUUUUCAGGGGCAUUCUCAGCUCUAUUUACUCAUCUUUUCCACUCUCACCACAAUCUCCCUUGCCUCAUCUUGCCUUUCUCUUCCGUUGAACCCUUCAGGGUGGAAGAUUUGUCCAUUCAUGGCCUUGAGAGAGUUUAUCUCCUUGAUUUUCUUGGUCCAAAAGGAUUUGCAGCACAACUUUCACAGCAAAACAUGUGCGAAUUGGAUCGUGUUUUAAUAGUUGAUUCAUUUAGGGUGAUUGGCUUCGAUCAUCGAAAAUCUGUACUCGCACAGAUUAAAGAAGAUCAUCCCAAGAAAGUCACAUUUUAUACUGACCUCGAGAAGAGUAGCUCCACCGCCGUACAUGAAUAUUUCUCUUCCAAGCUUGUAGAGAUGAAUCCUGUUGAUGGGGAAGUUGCCAGUGUACUGAAUUCAGAAGAGCAGGAUCGUCUGAAAAUUGUUCUUAAGUACAUUGAAGAUAUGGAUCUUCGUCGAUGGAGCUUGCCAGACAUAACUGCUUUCAGGAUUGGGCUAAAUGAAUGGCGCUCAAAGCUGAAUCUUAUUACUAAUCCAUAUAUGUAUGAACAGUUAUUGGAGAUAAGUGCCUCGGAUCUGAUUGCAAAGGGAAAUUCCUAUAUUUCUGCUCGCCAAAGUGCUGCAAAUAAGUUAUUGGAUAAGGUUUUUAGAGUUAAGUUGGGCAGAGGUUUAUAUGGAGAAUGCCUGGCAGUUAGAGCAGAUGGAAGUUCUAACUUAAGCGAUGAAAUUGGCAAGCAACUUAGUGUGAAGAGUGCUGCAGCUGGACUUAGGGCCAUAGGAGCUGUUGUACACAUGCAGCGGAAUAAUCUUAAGAUGUGCUUGAGGAGUACAGACAGUGCUACUGAUACUUCUGAGAUUGCAAAGUCUUCCUUGUGUCGUUAAAUUUCCAGGCAUAUGGUGGAGGUGGCUCUGCAAGUUCUAGCUCCUUCAUCAUAAGAAUGGAUGACUAUAAUCAGUGGCUUUCAGUAAAUAAAUCAUAGUGCCUCAAGGUGCAAUGGUAGAUUAUCAUGCCGCUUCCUGUAUCAACCCUUCCAUCUGUAGCAUCAUGAUGAUUUUCAUCAAUAAAAACAUAUUGAUGGUAGUUGAAGC